AGAUGCUUCUUCAAAGAUGGCGGAAAAGUUGGUAGCGCUAACUUUUUUACUACUUUUUGUAAGUUUUCAACCGGUGAUUUCCGAAGAAGCUGUAGAGCAAGGAGGUAAGUACUGAGGAGAAUUUUUAAUUUAGCAAAAAUCUUAUAAAAAUAUUUUUGCCCCGGAGAAAACUUACUUUUACGAGAUCAGACACGCGCACGGAAAAAGACACGAGCACCAGCGAGCAAACCGCAAAAGAUUGAAAUGAAAACUAAAAUGCCUAGUGUUGAGUAUUUCAGGAAUUGUUUUGUAUUCUGGUGUGCGAGAUCAGAGUUCUGUUUGGGAAAAUUGAUAAUCGCGCGGAAACACUUGGGUUUUGGUUUGAAUUGAUACAUUCCCGGGAAAUUUCCGGGAAAAUGAUCGAUUGUUCGCUGGCGUGGAGGUAUUUUCGUUAUUAUUUAUACCUUUCCAUUGAAAAUUCAUUACAGAUUUUACUGCGCUUGGAAAUGUCAUCAGUUUGCACACAUGGAAAAUAUUCGCAAACAUUUCUCAGUGUUUAAAUUAAUUUUUUUUCAGCGAAACUCGAGUGCUACCCAACUAGAGUGAAGUAUUGAAUGAAACUCUUUAUUUGCAAUUUGUGGAUUUUUCAGCGAUGCUCCUUCGUCGUCAGGCUCAUAUGGUUAAAAUUUUUCCUAAGUUAAAGUCCACCUACCUACCAUAGACAGAACUGUGGCCAAUGUAGAGAGAUGGAUCUUAGCGUGGGGAAAAAAUUUUGUUUCAGAAGAGCAUUACAAUGAAGAAGCAUUACUGUGCUAGUUUAAAUGGUGAAUUUUUUCUUCUGGACUCAUACCCACAGUUUAUGCACAUAGCAAGAUUGGACUGGUUUAAUUUUGGGCAGAGUAAUUUUUUGAAUCGUCAUCAUUAUGCUGUGGUCUUAUCUUGUUUUUUAUUGUUGUUGUUGUGUAGCAAUUAACACAGAAGACAAUCCAAAUUUCAACGAUUUGAGUCCGGCCUUUGAGCCGGGCUCCUACGUGGAGAAUAUUGUAGAGAACUCUCUUUCCACAAGAGGUAAGGCCCUAGAGCUGUGAAAUUUUUUUUUUUAUUAAAUAGUGGCUGUUUGCAUGGAGAUAUAUGGUGGCAAUCACUGACAAAGAAGCUGUUCCACCUCCUACCAUAUGAGUGAAUUUGUGUUCGGCUGUGCACCAUAAAAAGUUAAUUUUUUUCUUUCAGGUCUCACAGAGAAAAGUAUCCGUGCGGCUCAAUACCAUAAGCACACAGAAGAACCAGUAGCUGAUGAAGAGAGCAGAGAUAUUCCUGAUGAGCAGGUGUGUGUUAUUCCUUUCAUCCAGCUUAACCUUUUUACUCCUAAGAGUGAUCAAAGAAAAAUUUCUCCUGACAGUAUCAAUACAUUUUCAAGCAAAGGGGUUAUAAGAAGAGAACAAAUAUCAAUUAAGGGAUAUUGUUUGAUUUAGCACCAAAUUCUCAACCAAAACUUAUAAGAAAUCUACAACAGACAGUGCAGAGAUUUUAUAUUUUGAUAUUGAGAGCAAAAGGAUUAACUUUGUUUGAGUGAUUGAUAUCUCAGGGCUGUGUUCCAGCUGCACCUGGUAGUCCCUGGCACUUUUUCCUGCUCUUGGACAACUAAGGAAUCAUAUUUUUUUCAUUAAGAGCGUAUACUGGGCAUGCUGGAUUUCACAAUUUCAGAGUAAUGGGCUCCCUUUGUUUUUUCUUUGAGCACAGCCUUGUAUAUGUGUAAGAAAAAUAGGGCCUUAUCUAAAACCCAGUAAUUCAGAGCUUGUCUAGGUCACUGUAGCAUCAAGCAUUAAUUAAUAAUUUUACUCACACCAUGAUGCUAGCUUGUAGCAGGUUAACCCACCCUCCCCCUUCCCCUUCCCCUUCCCACCAUUUCAUAUGGUUUCUUAUUUAUAAUACUGGUAAGAGUGAUGCACUGUAAGAGUAAAUUGUCUUUCUCUUGGAAAAAAAAAGCACAAUGACUUGGCUUGUCAUGAACUCCAGCCUCUUAAAUCAGUGUCUCUCCAUUAGUCCAAUGUCUCUCCUGCAAUCUGUUUGCUGGUAGCAUCACAUUGCGAGAAGAAGGUUUAUCAAUUCUGGGAAUUAUUAGGUCAUAGGGUAAUAAUGGACAGAGGUUAUGUAUGCUGGUUAGAACACAGACUGAUAAGCCAUUAGAUAAGAAGUACAUAUAUAAAAAAGCCAAAAGGCAAGCUUCUGUUUUUUACCACAGGCCCCAACUGAAGCUCCUGAGGAGAGCAAGGGUAGCCCAGGAUUUUUUUCACAAAUUUAUUCAGAACUGACUCAUUUUUACAAUGACGAUGACAAUGAUGAUGGUGAUUCUGAGACUCCAUCUGAUGAAGAGGAGGCCGAGGAGGGCGAAUUAGAAGAUGGUGAACAAGAAGAAGAAAAUGAAAAAACAAUCAAUAAUGGUGAUGAUGAAACAACAUCAGGAGAGAAUUCCAAAAAUGGUGAAUCAGUAGACAAUAAAGAAGAACAGAAAGAGGAGGAGCAAAUUGAUAUUGCUAAUGAAACACCAUACGGAGAAGAGGAAGCCAUAGAUGGCAAAUCAGCAGACAGUGGAAAAGACCAGAAAGGGGAAGAAAAAAUAGAUAAUGCUGAUAUCGAAGCACCAUCAAAGGAAGAGGAGGCCUUAGAUGGUGAACCAGGAAAAAAUAUAAAUGAAUCGAAAAAUGAAGAAAAAGCAUGUAAUGCUAAUGUUGAAACACUGUCUAGGGAGGAGGCCCUAGGUAGUGAAUCAGAAAAAAAUAUAAAAGAAGUAAAAAAUGAACAAAAAAAUGAGACUGCUGUUGGUGAGGCAGUUGAUGAGGAGAAUGUUAAGAGUGAGUCUGAAUUUAGAUCGGAGUCAGACAACUCUGAAGAUACCAUGGAAAAAACUGUAGAGAAGGAGACUGAUUUUGAAGAGAGCAAAGAGAAGAUUAAGUCUGAAUCUGAACUGGAGAUUGACCAUACUGAGAAUGUCAUCUCUAAACCCUCAAGUGAGGAGGCCAUGGAAGAGGAUAUUGAUAGCAAGAAGGAGAAUCAACAGGAUUUAUUGAACAAACAGUUUGUGUUUGAUGAAGAUCUAUCUUUGGAAUCAGCUGAUGUAAUGUCUGAAAGUGCAAAACCUGAAAUUCCUGUAGAAACAAAAGGACUGGAAACUGAUAACACUGAGGAAAGUGGCAAGGAACAAGAACAUACACAGCAAGAGCCAGAGGAUGGAGGCCCAGCAUUUGAGAAGAAUGACGAGAAGAGUGAAGGAAUGGAAAUAAAAAAUGGGUGGUUCAAACUUUCCGAUGAGGAGUUGGAGCACUUGCGAGUUAAGAGAAAGGAAGUUAAUGAAGAAGACAAUACUGACUCUAGGAAGGCAGAGGAACUCAUUGAGGAGCAGAAGAGAGAGUCAUUGUUGGAAAAGGAAAGGAGAAUUGCUGAAGAGCAAGAAAAGAGGAAGGAGGAUGAGGAAAAGAUCAUUAAAUCUGAGUCACUAAAAGAAUCAGCUGAUUCUCCAAAAGAAGAGGAAGAUCAAAUACGAGAAGAGUUUGCCAGGAAGAGAAGACUUGAGUCUUUGAAAGAGCAAUUCAAGCAGGUAGAAGCAAAUGAGAAGAAGGAAGAUGAGAGGCAAAUAAAGAAGAAAGUAAAAGAAUCAGCAGAUUCUCCAAAGGAAGAGAAAGAUCAAAAACAAGAGGAGUUUGCCAGGAAGAUAAGACAUGUUUCUUUAAAAGAGCAACACAAGCAGGUGGAAGCCAAUGAGAAGAAGGAUGACAAGAGGAAAAUGAAGGAGAAAGCUGAAGAAUCAGCAGAUUCUCCAAAGGAAGAAGAAGAUCAAAGACAAGAAGAGUUUGCCAGGAAGAUAAGACAUGUUUCUUUAAAAGAGCAACACAAGCAGGUGGAAGCCAAUGAGAAGAAGGAUGACAAGAGGCAAAUGAAGAAGAAAGUUGAAAAGGAAAGACAAAACUCUAUAAAGAGAGAAAAUGGAAUCAAAGUAAAAGAUAACGGUGCAAAGAAGGAGGUUCCUCACUAUGAAAGGGUUCAUAGAAAGCAAAAACCACAGAAAGAUGAGGCUGAACCUUCUCAGGAAAAUGGAAACCAAAGAAAAAAGCACGAUGAGGAAGAAGAGCAUCGAAAACAAAAGGGUGCAUUUGCCAAAAAUGUAGCUGAAGAAGCUGCUCUGAAGAAAAAACUGGAACAAUUAAGUGAGGAAAGGAAAAAGUAUGAGAAACUGGCAGCGGAGUAUUCUCGCAGCAAGCAGCAAAGACAAGCCCAACAACCACGGGGAAAACCUUUGGCUAGUCAAGCCCCAAAACCUAAGUCCAGAACAUCUGCAACUGUAUCAAGUGGUCAAGGUUGGUGUAAAUAUUUACAAUGUUUGUAGAUAUCCAUUUUUAAUUAGUAAACAUGACUGCAGCAAAAUUUAAUCCUUAGGACCCUAAGAGUAAUUAGUAUUUAAUUUCUCCUCGCAGUAUCUCACCCAAAUCACACGCCAAGGUCAUGAGAAUAAAGGAAAUGAUCAUCAACUUAAAAAAAACUCUUAAACAAAUUUUCCUCGUCAGUGCCAUUGGAAAUGCAAAGAGAGUAGCAUGGGGAAGAUGCAAAUUGAUCUUAGAGUGUAGAGGGUUACAUGACAUUUACCCCUUUCCUGAUUUUUAAUACUCAAGAGGGGGGAUGGUUGGGCUGAGGAGGGGUAAUGUAAUGAUGUAAUGAAAUCCAAGGAAUCGUGGGCUUCUACUUCUCACAAAAGUUUUGUCCUACAAAAUAACUCUGAUUUUUUCCUGCAGGAAAAUCAGGAGUGAAUACACAGGAUAGAAGACCUCAGAGCACUCGGCAAACUCAAAAAAUUCAAAGAACUCAGGUACCCCCUACAAGAGCUACAAUCAGAGAUGGGGAAAUUGGGGCUUCACUGUCCACUGAUGCAGCCUAUGUUACCACUAAAAGUGUGACUGCCAGCACUAUGGGUGUGUCUGGUACAGAAACAGGUACCACAGGGCAUGGGAAGGGUACAGUUGCACCAGGAACAUCCACUGGGGCUAAUUCUUCCUUGCUUCCUACUGCCUCCCUAGUGGAGGCAGUAGAAGAAUCAACUCCAGUUGAGCCUGUCCAGAGAUCAGUGACAGAUGAUGGAGUGCCUGGUCACACUGAUACCAAAGUGGAGUCUCAUCCCACUGUAGAGACAACAGGAACAACUUCCAAAGCAACAAACCAUGAGAGUGAGCAUUCAAGCUCUGUGCAUCUGGUUCAACUUGAAGAACAAAUCCCUAAAAACGAUGUCCAUUGUGCUGAUGGUGAGAACAUUAAGUUAUUAUUUCUUGUAUUUCACAGCCUGGGUUUAAUUAGGGGAAAAUAUUCACUUAAUAAAAAAUUCCCUUUUGAUCAAACAUGUUUGCUUAAAUUAAUAUCACAGUGAAUGAUUUUGCUUUUAGGCUUUUGUCGUGCAAAACCUGAGGUAAUUUCACUGGCCUCUCGUUUCCAACAAGUGGAAAAGAAAUCAACUGUUGGUUUGGUGGAACCUCCAUUGAAAGACAAUGCUUCUCAAGCUAAAGAUGCACCCAGUGGAUUUGCCAACUUUAUGAAAGGUUUCCGCAAUUUUCAUGAGGUGUCAUUGCAGUUCAUCCUCCAGUAUUGGCCCUCUGUGAAAAAUGCAACCAAAAACUUGCUGUCACGUGUGGGCUUAGACCAGGUGAGCACUCAAUCAAACACUUAGGUCAGGAGAAUAAAGGAAGUGAUCACCAUCGAAAGAAGAUGUUGAUUGUUAAACAAAUUCUCUUUGGCAGCACCUUGGGAAAUGUAUGAAGAACAGUAUAGAGAAUAUGCAUACUGAUGUUAGGAUGUAAAAGGUUAAAUUCCCUGAUUGUGACCUUUUGGAAUUUCCAGGCAUUUGAGCAGCUUUGUAAGGAUCUCGCAGAUGUUCACCCUGCUGUCCUGUUGUCAACAGUUGUGUUUGGUACAUUGGGUAUCCUGUACUUUUUCUGGUCUAUUACUGUAAGUACUCUUGCUUGGUACAUGAAUCCUUACUCUGACUGCAGUUGUUAUUCUCCUAAGAUUGUGCUCUCGCAGCAGAAGAAAUCUCUUCAACUACAAUCAACCCUUUACCCCUAAGAGUAACUGGCAUCAGGCUUCUCCUUACAAUAGCACUCAGGAAUCAUACAUUCACCCUUUAACUCCCAUGAGUGACCAAGACAGAAUUUCUCCUUACAAUAUCAAUACAACAUCAUCCAGAUAAGCAAUGAGAAUAAAGAAAAAUAUCAAUUUGGGGAUAAUUAGUUGAUCCAAUACUAAAUUCUCUGAACUAACAUUGUAAGAAUUGUAUGGUUGAAAGAAAGGAGAAUUAAAAAUUUGAUCUGGGAGUUAAAGGGUUAAGGUGACAAGAAUUAAGAAAAUGAUCAGAAGUACAAUAAGUUUUUGUUUGCCAAACAACUUUUCCUUCUCCCUAGCACAUAAGGAAAUAUAUAGAGAAUAGUGUGGAAAUUAUAUGCGUAUUGAUGUUAGCAAGCAAAAGGGUAAAAAAAUCACAUGUGUAUUCCAGUUUACCUUCUGGCAUUGAAAGAAUACUUCUUGUGGUGGUUGACACAUCCAUGAUUUCCUGUAAAUUUACUGAGGUAAUACAUUUUUCUUUAUUUCCACUGGCAGUUUGGAAGGAUGCGAAAUGGUGCCCAUGGACCUAAUCCUCGUGGUAAGUGAUUGAAAACUAACUUCUUAUAACAAUACCACAAUAUCUAUUCAAGGUAUCUGUAAUGAGAAUUCAUAGCAAAGUGAGAUGUUGAAUUAAAAUUAUUGAUGUGGAAGAGAAAUCUUGCAGGAAGAGAUCAUUUUGACCAACAAUCCUCAUUUCAAAGGAUUUAUUUUUAUCUGUUUUUGUUCACUAUAUAUAAUAAAUUUUGGAUUUUCCCCUGGUGCUGGUUGGUUACAUUGACUUGUUAUUUCUUGAAACACUCACAAACUCAGUGCAAAGUAUUGUAAUGAAAAUAUGUGGGAGGUGUUUCUGCUUAAGAAAAUUAUUGGUAGUAACGAUCCUGAUAACUUUUCGGAAUGAUUUCACUAAUUUAAUUUCUUUAGAUGUGCUGAAAAGUCAUGAAGCGAGAGUACGCUUCUUGGAAGAGGAGGUUGAGUCAUUGAAGGCAGAAAGACUUAAGAUGGAAAUGGACCGAAAUGAUUACCAUAAAGAGGUACUGUAAUAUACAAAUAAAAUCUUUAAGGGGGCUGCCAUUUUAUGUGAUGUGGAUUCGUACAACUCCAAGCUGCAACUGCUUUCAUUUGGUUACCAUGAUGAGAAGAAUUGAAAUGUCACAUGAUGAUUCCAAAACAAGAUGGUCGAUGCUAAUUUUUUUUUUACCUUUAUUAAUGCCUUGUCUCUUUUUAGAAACUCAUUGCAGAAGAAGAAUCGCGCAACUUGCGUGCAAAUACAGAAAUCCUUACAAGAGCAGUGGAGAAAUUGCAGGUUAGUUAUCAGAGAAGAAGUUUUGGACUUGAUCUUAUUUCCUCUUUAGUCCUUGUCAAAGUACAUUGAUUGGAGCUUGGUGCACUGGACUGGAAAUGUAAUCAUGGGAUAGAAUGACUUCCUGUCAAGGGGGGAGCACUGCUAGUCAGCUCACGCAACCAGGACAGGAAUAAGUUCAAUUUCAAUGGGCCUUAGUGUUCAUAAGCUUAACUAAUCUUGCACCACUCUCUUUAUCAUAGAAAUGAAGCUGUUUAUUUUUUGCUGAGAGAUAUGAACUGACAAAUUUUUGCUAUGAUGUAAUGUUUAUAAGUUUCUUUUUCAUGCUGUUUGUUUGUUUAUUGUAUGUGUUGAUUAUUGCAGAAAGAAAGGCAGGAGACGCAAUUGCAAAUCAAAAGCACGCAGGAAAAUUUGAAAGGACUUGAAACUGUUCUCAAGAAGAAAGAUGAUGAAAUUGCCAGCCAUGAAAAUGCGGUGAGAGCUCAGCUCUGUACAAGUAUUUAACCCUUCAGCUCUCAAGAUCUGACUGCUGAUUCUCCCCUCUAGCUGCUAUAUAUUUCCUUAAAAAUCAUUUACAAGAAUUUGGUGUUCAAUCAAGAUAACUUCUAGUUGAUAAGUUUGCGCUUAGCCAAUGAAAAGUAAGGAAAAAUUAUAUCACAUGAUAGGAAAUAAUAUUAAAUAUACUACUGGGGUACCUCUUUUACAUUAUUUAGUUUUUUGUUCAGUUAUAUAAUCAAUUAGAAUGUUGACAUAUAUUAUUUUUAUUUUUACAGAUUGCAAACUUGAAUUUUAAGAUUGGAACACUGGAUGAUGAAAUUGUCAAGGUGAUAGAUUCAGUGUAAAAGUUCAUGGAGAGGCCCUCUUUUAAAUUUCAUAUUGUAUUUAACAGUCAUCAAGUAUUGUAAGGAGUUAUGUAAAAUGUAUUUGUUUGUUUGUUUUUAGUUAAAUGAUCAUUGCGAUAGAAUGCAGAUGGAGAAGGAGGCACACAAAGAACAUAUUGGAAAACUGAAUGAGAAGAUUGAACAUGCUAACAUUGAGAAUCAGAAGGUGUGUGGUGGUGAUCGUCUUGGUUUAUGAUCAAAUUUCGCUGUUUAUUUUUUUUUCUCUUUUUUGUUUUGGUUUUUUUUUUUUUUUUUUGCAACUCUGAAAUUAUUAGUCAUAAAGGGCUAGGAAAUUCUUAUGUGUUUUUCUGACUAUUUCUUUCAUCUUAUAAAACAGCUCCAAACUAUUCUGGCAGAGAUGGAGGAAAAGUAAGUUAUAGGGGAUUGUGUUUGUUAUAUUCUUUUGAUUAACUUCCUCUGCAUGCAAAAGUUUUUUGUGUGAUUCAAUUGAUAUGAAAAUGAUGUUAUUGCAGGAAGCAAGUGCUUCAAACAGGGUGUGAUGAUCAGUCGCUGCGUCUGUCUGACCUCCAACAGCAAUACGAAUUUAAAUGCAAUGAGAUUGAGGUGUGUACAGUAUCUGAUGAUUUGAUAAUUUGGUUUGAUCACUUGAGAUGUAAACAAUUUAAACUAAAUGGUCUGCUGGAACUUUUUCUUGGCAGGUGUUGAAGGAUUGCUUCAAGCAAAUCAAAUUACAGGAUGGUGAGGAAGAACCAGGUAAGUUUUACCUAAAUAUGUUGUCAUCAAAAUGUAAUUGAAAUUUGGAAAUUUUUUUUGAUGUUGCAUAAUAAUAAUGUAAUAUGGAUUCACUUUUGUGUUUUGGUCGAUAAUGUUAUGUGGGAAGUUGUACUUUUAGUUGUUAAAUAAAUCAUAUAUGUCUUUAUUUUUUUUUCUUUUAACAGAUGAAGAGGAAAUGACUGAAAGGCUACAAAACCUAUUGAAAGUUCACGAGGUAAGAAACAGUUGCAUUUUCCUUUAUUUAACUUAUCAGUGCACUACAAUACUUGUGAUGAAACCAGAUGAGUGAACCAUAAAACCCAGUAGGAAGAAGUGAUAGAUUGUCAUCUGUUUCAGGAAUAUCUGAAGACAAACAAACUAAGAUUUUAUAAAUAUAUGCCAUGAGGUUCUUAACCCUUCAAACCCCUGAGAGUGACUAGCAUCUAAUUUCUCCAUUCAAUAUCACCCCUGAGUCACACAUUAAGGUCAGGAGAAUAAAAGAAAUGGGAUCUGAUCAUCAUCUUGAGAAGCUCUUGAUUGUUAAACAAAUCCUCCUUGUCGCCAUCUCAGUGGGGAGAAUAUGCAUACUGAUGUUAGGGUGUGAAGGGUUAAAGGCUCAUUCAAACAGAGGGAGAGCUUACGAAAGGCUAAACCUGGAAGUGAUUCGGAUUUGUUUCGAGCUGAAUUUGAAACUUUGGAUUUGGGCUAUUGCAACCCAUUCUUGUUUUCUCUGAUUCGCAGGUGACGGAAAAGAAUGACAAAUUGCAAGAGAAAGUCGAGGAACUGGAGGCAGAAGCUGAAAAGCUAAGAAGGACGAACAAGAUGUUUGAAGGUAAGGAAUUCAGGAUCGUAGCAUAUUUUUGAGACAGUGUUUGAUGAUAACAUAUCUAAUGGUUGCCUGUGGUCCACCUCACUCCAAACAAGUCAUGUUAACAUUUCAAAACUAUUCGUAACGAACAUCUUAACGUGUGAACCAGAGCCUUUUGUAUGAUCAUAACCUCACCUUUCUCAAGAUUCCACGCUGCCGACUUUAGCGCCAUACACUACCCAAGGUGUGAAAGAAAUCAAAAAUUUUAGGCUCGAUCUAAACCAAUUUCUUUAUUUGUAGAGGACAAUGUUGAGAAGACAGAACGAGCUGAGCUGGCCGAGAGUAAAGCUAGCCAGGCCUUGCUAAUACAGCGAGAAAAGGAAAUUGAACUGGAGGCACUGCAGAAGUAUUUCAAAUCAAGUGAAGUGGAAUUACACCGGUAAGAGAUUGUGCCUCACGGCCGUGGAUCUUGCUACCAACUUUAAGACUUCAGAAUAAUACGAGGUGUAGCCAUCGAAGCUACGUAGGAUUUUCGAAGGUUUUGUUGCAUCUGGGUGGUGCGAAAAGUUAACAUUUUAAUGUCGGACUGUUUCCUUUGUAGAAAAAUUACAGCUGAGGAAUCAACCCGAAUUUCUAUCGAGAAUCAGCUGCAUUCAGAACAGGCCAAGGCUUCCUCUGCUGUGGUAGAUGCGGAUAAGUACAGGUAAAGUAUUAAGUCUGUUUCAUGCCUGAAUUAUUGUCGAGGAACUAAGCUUAAUCAGCUCUUUCUGUUACACGUGUGUGGAUUUAAGUGCGUGAAGUUCUGAAUUUAGAUUAGUGACUUUUGUUCGCGUAUCCUUUGCGGUAAGCAUCAGUCUCAAAUGUACUUUUUAUAUCCGCUCUUAGGCAGCUUUAUCUAGACAUCAAGAAACAGAUUGAAGAGAUCGACGAGAGCAAGAAAGAGCAGGUUGGUCUAUUAAAUACUGAAGACAAAUUUGCAGCCAUGUUUUGUCUCGUCACGAAAGACAAUGUACCUCGAGAUGGGUUGGGAGAAAGGAGGGAGGGACGAUACCAGGCAAUGGCUGCAAAGGACUACGAGAGAUUCGUCAGAAACAUUCGAAUUCUGCCAUUCUGAUUAAGAAGCCUUUCAUUCUUUUAACUCUGUUGUGUUUUCAUUCUAUUCGUAGUUGUCAAACAUCGAGAAGAAAGCUCAUCAAAACUGGGUAAGUUUUUGAUGAUGUGAUUAUUUAUUCCCUUUUGGAAUUGUAGGCUUGGUUUUAGGAAGACAACCGCUAAGUUGGAAUCGGAGCUUAUUUGGAAAUGGGUGUCUUUUAAUGUCUCCAUUACUUUCUAUAUUUCAGCUUGAUUACAGAGCUGCUGUACGAGAAGUCGACGGACUCAAAGACGAGAAUGAAAUCCUCAGAAGGAAGUAAGCUGAUAAAGUUUUUGUUAAUUAAAUAACAUGCCAUCGCAUCAACCUAUUUUUUGUGGAGUAAAGUUAUUAGGUAAUUGCCUUUUAGGUAGAGUUGGUUCAGUUAUAUUUUUCACCAUCCCCUCGCUUUGGUCAGAUCCGCUAUUUUCUGUUACAAGAGUCCAUGCUUGAAUUGAGCCAGUUUUCUUCAGUUUGAAUAUGAAUAAUUUAUUGUUGUUUUUACUUUUCAUAAGGAAGCCUUGUAAAUUAAAUGUUUUAUUUGACUUCUAGACUGUAUGACUUAGAGGUCAGAGGAAGCCGUCCAAGUUCUUCAGCGAGCAAAGGUAGGGUUAGGAAGCUGUCAAGGAUAUCGCUAUUCUUCCUCCCCCCCCCCCCCCCCCCCCCACUCGCACUCACUGGAAUACCAGUCCAUCGCACGGCUACCCCCCUCCCCCCGGGUCAGUAGCCAGGUAUGCCAGACAGUUGCUGGUAGCCAUGACGACUCUGAGCGGUGAGAGGUUUCGUGGAAGUAGAAGUACAACACAGUUAAAACUCGAACCCAGACCACCAAUCCACAGCGUCUCCACUCAGCGUGAAUUCAGCAUGAUUAACUGUGAGAAAAUAGUGUUUCUAUCAAGUGUCGAAGUAAUCCAGGAUCGCUUUGCAUUACUUUGCGGUAUUAUUGGUCCAGAAAACUCGCGCCCCUUUGUCAACCAAUCAAAUUCACAACUGAAAUCGAUUACGAUUUGUCACUCGCGUUUUCCUGCGCUUCAAGCAGUUUGUGUUUUUACUUAGCGUUUUCUUUGGUCCCUUGGGAUAUUUUCCUUUCCCCUGAUUGGCUGCUGUGAUCACUUUUGUGUUGGUUUGACGUCACUUAAUCGAAAUGCACUCUAAUCUUCCGAAAGAAGUCGAUUUAAUUGUGAAAUACUCAGUGUUGACAUUAAGAGGGCGAUAGUCAUCAAGUUGUUUUAUAUUCACGUAUGGGACUCUCAUCUUAAAAUUGAAAGUUGAAAAUAUAAUAGUGUAAGAUUGAUUCUCAUGGUGAAACAUUUUUUUGUUAUUUUUCAGUUGAUGGUCGAGAUUCUCCUGCAACAAUGAGGUAAAACCAUGUUUUCCUUCUUCUAGUUAAUUUGCAUUUGUACCUAAAGUAGCAACAAAUAUUUGAUAAGUUCAUAUUUACAUUAGAACGCUAAAACUAUUGUUCCAUUUUAUUAAACUUCCCACUUACAUCGGUCGUUGCACGAUUCCUUGCUAACAUAAGAUAUAUAUCUUUUCAAUCCACAGUCCCAUGCCUGGGGUUCCUAGUCAUGGUAGCCCAGUUCCAUUUGGUGCACCUGCAAUGAUGGGUAAGUUGGCUUUCUUCGUAACCCACCUUCCCUCCCUUAGAGGAACCAUUCACUUAUAAAUUCUCCCCCGUGCCUUAUCGGUAGUUCCCAAACCCUGGUAAGUGAGUUAUAAGGAAUCAUUAAAAAUAGUAAUCACAGAAAAAUAAGCCCUCACUCCUCGCAUUUCUUGUCCUCACCCUACCAUCAAAUAAAAUCUUUGCACUCACUAACCCAGUUCCUUGACCAUCUCUCUUCUUCACUGCCCGAAAUUCUUCAAGAGAUUUGCGUUCCCAUGCAUCCAACUGAUCCUUACUAUUCCUGUGUUUUUUAGGACCUCUCCCGCCUCCUUCAUCCAUGUUUCCGGGCCAACGAAGACCGCAUCCCGCAGAUUUCCUUGGGAUGACGCCUCCUCGACAACCCUUCCCUCCUCCAGGCCCUGCAACAAAAGGCCAUGCCACGCCUCCUCCCACAACAGUUGCUUCCUCUGCUCAGGUAUGAUAUAUGUGGCUGGUUGGUUCUUAUACCUUAUUCAUUAACUUGUUAUUCAGUUUCAAAUCGAGUACACAACUGUGAUAAGAAUCCGUCGCAACGCUGUGAAUGUAAAAACUUCUGGAUCAGAGUGAAUUAGCUGACAAAAGUCUUGGUUUCAUAAAAGAUCGAAUGGACGGUUCCUCUGAUUGGCAUAGUCUCUAGAAGAUGAGUUACUGAUUUGGAAUACGUAUCCCUCAAUCGUCGCGUGCUAUUAUGACAAGAGCUAAUACAACGCGGUUGAAUGACGUUGCAGUCUCAAGAAAAGUGUGAAUUCGUCGAAGAAACCUUCAUUAGUCCAAUCUCAAAAUUGAGCUAGAAAUCUUUUCCCUCUUAUUUAGCUCAAGAAAUAUUUUUUGGUUAUGUUUGCAGUCCUCUCAAAAACCCAUCGAUAGCGUAGAUUCCUUUGGCCAUGACAAUACGGAUGGAUCAUCUCACCCUCCUCUUCCCCCUGGCCCCAUGGCUGGGUUUGGCCCUCCUCCUUCAAUCCCUCCGAUGAUGCGAAUGCCAAGAUUUCCACCUCCUCCCAUGAUGCAUCCUUCGCCAAAUGGACCUCGUAAGUACUUUAAAUACAACUUUUAGUGAUGUGAUGAUCCAAUGUAAAUGUAAUAUUCCUUACUAGAGCAGGUUUGCCGUCCAACCUCCUCUUUCUUCCCCCCCCCCCCCGUGAGCUUUUAAGAGAAAUCGUGUCAGCGGUCUUGCAAGAUGAUAGUGUCUUUAUUUUGUUGUGAAUUCCUUUCGUCACGUGCAAGUCUUUGACUGACAAAACUUUUUUGAAUGCAAUUGUUUCUUAUCCUCUGACCUCAAACGGCGGCUUGCUAGGGAAUAUGGCAGAUUCGAGCCUAUCGUCAUCCAGCUCUAUUUUUUUUUUUUUAAAUUCUGGACAAGGAUUGGAGGCCAUUGCUCCUGAUAAAAAUCCUUUCCGUGUCUUAAAUUGGCUGUUUAGUAUUCGCGCGCAAUCUACGAUAAGUAACGUCAUUAAUUCCCAGUCUUUGAUGUCAAGUGAGUUCCGUUUAUCAUAGUUCAAUUGACUUCAGUCGUUGAGAUACCUUUUACACCUCACUAAUGUUACGGUGUGUUUUUCUCUCUCCAGUGCCUCCUCCAAUGUUCUUGCCUCGACCUGGUGGACCUAUGCCUCCUCCUCCACAAGGCACCAGGCCUCAAGCAAGCUCUACUCCUAGCCGUUCAUGAUUUCUGACUACCAAAAAUUACUCUUUGAAUCAAUAUUUUUUCUUUUUUACAUUAAGUGUUCACAUCUGUGGGAAACUAAUAUUUCAAUGAGCACUAUAACCAGUCAACUUCUCUGACAGAAUGAAAAUUGAAAAUUGGCUUCAAGAAAAUUUCAAAGAGUAUGACAGAUUAUUUAUAAAGUAAAUUUUAAUGUUUUCCAGAGAUGUCGGAUUCUGAACCCGAAAUAAAGAAAGUACUCUAUCGUUUGAAUUGUGCUUUUUUUUCCUGUGGUUCUCUG